UUCCGUCUUAGGGGGAAUUCACUGAAUGCAGUUCAACUCGUGACUUGCCGUUCGACCGUCAUCUGGCGCUUGUUAUCAUCCGGAGCGUUAACAAGUGAUCGUGAUGGACGCUUUAUUUUUCUUUGCUUUAUUGUCUGCAGCUUCAGCUUUUCGUCUGUCAGAACGAGACGAGUUUCACUUCAAGUCAUGGAUGGCACAGUACAACAGAGUGUACAGUAUGAAGGAGUACUAUGAGAGACUCCAGAUAUUCACUGACAACAAGAGGAGGAUUGACAAGCACAAUGAAGGAAAUCACUCCUACACAAUGGGGCUGAACCAGUUUGCAGACAUGACCUUUGCUGAAUUUCAAAAGUCCUUCCUCUUGUCUGAGCCACAGAACUGCUCCGCCACCAAAGGAAACUACUUCAGCAGUAAUGCACCAUAUCCGGACUCUGUUGACUGGAGGAAGAAAGGGAACUAUUUGACACCUGUGAAGAAUCAGGGAAGUUGUGGCAGCUGCUGGACUUUUUCAACAACCGGCUGUUUGGAGUCUGUUACUGCUAUUGCAACUGGGAAGCUCAUACCACUGUCAGAACAACAGCUGGUGGACUGUGCCCAGGACUUCAACAAUCAUGGAUGUAAUGGUGGACUUCCCAGCCAAGCAUUUGAAUACAUUCUGUACAACAAGGGACUGAUGACAGAGGACGACUAUCCAUAUAAAGCUUUUGGAAGCGAGUGCAAGUAUAAACCAGAGCUGGCAGCUGCUUUUGUGAAGGAAGUGGUGAACAUAACAGCAUACAAUGAGAUGGAGAUGGUGGAUGCUGUCGCCACCCGCAAUCCGGUUAGCUUUGCUUUUGAGGUGACCAGUGACUUCAUGCAUUAUGAGCAGGGCGUGUACACAAGCACUAAAUGCCACAACACCACAGACAAGGUGAACCACGCUGUUCUAGCAGUCGGGUAUGGAGAAAACAACGGCACGCCUUACUGGAUAGUAAAGAACUCAUGGGGAUCCGGCUGGGGGAUUGAUGGAUAUUUCCUCAUCGAACGUGGGAAGAACAUGUGUGGACUCGCUGCCUGCUCAUCUUUCCCUGUGGUGUGAUUUCAUCACAGCAA